CUCUACGUUUCUCCAGCCGCAUCAAAAUUGAAAUGGAAUGGACAGACCCAGACCUCGCAUGGUCCGCUCAACAGUACAAGUUUACAGAACUUAUGCUACCAGUGGACAAAAUCUGGACCCCAGAUCUUACUGUGGACAAUGCAGUUGAGACAGAGGUGAAACCUGUCUCUUCUGAUAUACUGGUCAGUCAGGACGGCACUGUGCAGCAUUCAAUCCAAAUGUACACUACAGUAGUGUGUGGAAUCAACCUGUUCAACUACCCUUUUGUCACGGAUGCAUGCCCAGUGGCCCUGAAUGGAUGGAGCCAAAGCUCUUGUGGCCUGCGUUUCCAGUAUGGAAACAUAUCUACAGUGGGAACCAGUCGUGGGGAAUGGCGGACCUUGUCAGUGGAGCUUCAUGGAAACGAAAACAGACUGGAUCGCAACUAUCUCUCUGUAACCAUGUCCAUCAACCCCUUCAACACAGUAGUGACACUAAUCCUGCCCAGUGUGCUCAUCAUGGUGGCUGACCUGGUGAGCUUUGCUCUGCCGCUGGAAGGGGGAAAGCGCAGCUCCUUCAAAAUCACGCUGGUCCUCAGCUUCACCAUGUCCCUCCUCAUCCUCACUGACAGUCUUCCUGACACUGGCCUCUGUAGCCCUCUAAUACGUUACCAUUUCUGCUUCUGUUUGGUCGUUCUGGUUGUGAGCUUGCUGGCAUCCAUGAUCUUCACGCGCCUAUCUGUGGAUGGGAGUCUCUUCUGCUGCACACUCCUGAAACUCGAAGCCACGAAUGAUACAAAGCAGGAUAUAAGCCUGAAUGGUGUGGCCACAGUCUGUGCUGACGUGUCUACAGAGGUAGCUUCACUCCAGAAAGUUGUGACGUUCCUGGAGAACAUGGAGACGGCCAAUGAGGGGUCGAAGAAGAUGCAGUUGUUCGCAAACCGUUUCGACAAAAUCUGCUUCUGGAUCUACUUUUGCAUUGAUGUUAUUUACACCAUGUGUUUCAUUGCCAUUACCAGAACAGAAUUCUGCAAGAUCAAUAAUCUGGAUUUCUGGAGUUCAUAA